AACCUCUUUCGAAAAACAUCUUGUCCAGCGCACUCGUGGAGCGUUCCAAGUCAACCAACUUAGCAAAGGUUGCAAUGUGGCCGCUAGCCAUUCUGGCUCUGUUUCGUCUGCUUGCAGUUGGAUCAGCCGAGAGCAAGUACAAUGUCACUUACGCAGAUUUGGACAAGUGCAAGCAGUUUAACGCGGUGAAUGGAUACAACUACGACGCAUUCUUCAAGCUAACCGAGCUUGAUAACCAUAAUCUGGACAACGAAACGAUCGUGAAUCUUCGGCUGUUUGUGGUUGCGUCCAAAGAUGCCCACAUUCUUCUUUCGGAUAUCGAUUCCGUUAUACCGGAAGCUCAAGUCUAUGAAAUAGUGGUCGGCGCCGGAGGCAACAUGUUUACCGAGAUAAGACGGCAGCGCAAGAAGAACCCUCUCAAGACGAAGACUACGAAGAACGUUCUGUCGCCGAUUGACCCACUGCCGUUACGCAUAAGGCUUACAACGGAGGGACUUAUCGAAGUGGGCAUUGAAGGUCAAGAUCUGCCGCUUAUUUCAGCAACCGAUAAGAACGUGACUAGUGUGCGUUACUUAAGCUUCAGCUCGUGGGGUUCAACGCAGGCCAAAUGGUUCUACGACUGUGAAACAGAGGAUGAAACCGUGACCGAGCUGGAGGUGUACGAUCCCACGGGCCACAUGACACCAAAGGAUAAGCUGAUCUAUGCGCUCCAGAUGAACGCUUCAUUCCAAGCGCCCGACUGGGAGACACCGAUCGAGAUGCAGAAGCUGGUAUUCACGCGGAUUGCGUACGAUUCGUGGAAGAACCAACUGGAAACGCGACUCAUGUUCCGACUGUCCUGGCGGGAUAAUCGAUCCUGCUGGGAGCCGAAGGAGCACAGCAACAUCACCAAGGUCAUCAACUUUUCUGCCAUGCUUUGGGCGCCAGCCAUCAACGUUAAGGACGAGAAGGACUACCAGCUGACCGAGCUUAUUGGAACGGAUCAUUUCACCGUGACGUACGACGGCCAGUACGAGUGGGUGUCGCGCGAAAUUACAACGGAUACCUUCUGUGCCCUGAGUUCCUCAGACGAUUGGCCAUAUGAAACGAACACGUGCGAUGUGGCGUUCAGCGCGGACCUUGCCUCAACACCGUUGCGAUUCCUCUCGGAUGCUGUGAGCAUGCAUCCCAACUUGAUUCAGUCGGACUGGAUCGUGGAACGCAUCACCAAGCACGAGAAUCUGAACGAGGAGGGAAUUUUCCUGUUCAACGACGGAAGUCCACGACCGGAAGUUGUGCUAAGGUUGCACAUAAAGCGAAACAACGAGUUCUACGAUACGGUGCUGUAUGCUCCGUAUUUCAUGACCAACGUGAUGAUCCUGGUGUCCUUCUGGAUGGAAGGAAUCAUGCGAAUCUUUGCCAACUCCCUCGGAGUCAUCUUGCUGAUCGGAACCUUUCUCCAGAUGUCCGCGUUCGUACCCCAGCUGUCGAAUCCCAAAAUUUUCAUCUUCUUCCGUUGCACGCUGUACUGUUCCUGGAUCUGCGUACUGCUUUUCGUACUCGAUAAGUGGCUACGGAAGUAUGGCCCCAAAAUGGCUCCGGACUCGUGGCUUGCGCGGUUGGUGAGCUAUCCCCACCUGCGGUUCGUGCUGAGACUGGAUGGUGGAUCGCACUACGGAUCCCUGCACCAGAAGGACCUAAAGUGGCGCGAUUUCGCCAAAAUGCUCGACAGAGUAGUAUUCAUCGUGAUGAGUGGAAUAUUCCUAGCAUCAUGCUUCGUCAAACUGUAACUAAACUGUUCUAGAACAGCUUUUUCUCUAAUAAAUAAAAAUAACUUUCAGUGUA